AUGAAAUAAGAGAAGAAUUCGAAGAAACCAAAAGUAUUUGUAAGUUAUAUAAUAUUUUAUCAAGAAUGCAGAGAAUAAAUUAGAUGAGAAUAUUUAGAAAAUUAAUUAAAUAUAGAAUUCUAUUGAAGGAAUGGAAUCAUCAGUUGAUCAUUUGGAUACUAUUUUGAAAAGGAUUGAAACUAAAUUAACAGAAUUAGAAAAGUUAAAGUAAUGA